AAUACAUUUUCAACAGGAGAUUUACACACAACAACAAAAAAAGUAUUCAGCUCUGUAUGUGACUGCUGACAGUUUUGUUGGUGCUUUAUGAUGUCUGUCAUUACUCUACACUACGGUUAAUCAUUAUUAAUUGUAUUUUUCCUGCUGGUUUGCCAGAUAUGUAGAAUCAAUGCAUAAACUCCGUUUCCCACCAUGCAGUUUGUAACACGAUAAGGAGCCAGUCUUUGUUUACUCUGAGAGCUGGUGGGUACAGAGAUCAUUUCAUGUGGACAUGAGAGGACAGAGAGAUCUGCUGUGGAUUUUACGUUAUUGACCAAUCAGGAGUGACAACGAUGACAGCAUCGGUCGUCCUCUCUCCCGUGUUCCACCCGGUGUUCAUGGGUUUCCUGGCUCUGUCGAGCUUGGAUGGAGGGUUCACCUGUCGUCUAGGGACCCCAGAAGAAUGCGCCAAUUGUUCCUUUGUGCCUGGCUACAAACUGGCUGGGAUGGGCUAUGAUGUUGUAACACUGAGACAAAAACGGGCCUCUGUGUUUGAUGUCAACAGUUACUUGGCUAACUCCUGCAUGGUAUGUGUGAACCCACUGACAGGAGGUGAGCUUCAGAAACUCCCCUUGCAUAUGAAGGACUGGCGCGCCGAAAGUGACUGCAAGAGGAAGACUCUGAGUUCCUACUACUACUCUGUCAGCUCUCUUGUGGAUGAUAUAGCCUUCUUUAUAGAGAAUGACUGGAAGGCCGGGCUAAAGCUGGAGAAUGUAGACCUGCAGUUAGCAGGCAGCAAGUCCAAGGUGUACGGCUUUGCAUCCGCACACUCAAACGCAGACAAGUCUUCCUUCUCAUUUCAACAAUUUACCUGCUCUGUCUACAGUUUCAGUGUACCCAGUAAACCCCCACUUAGCCUGGAUUUCCAGCGACGCAUAGCUUCUCUGCCACACCACUACACAUCCAACAGUGAGGCGUACAAGGACAUCAUUGAUACCUACGGAACUCACUACAUCAGUGAUGGAGACCUCGGAGGGAUGAUGAAGAGGGUGACUAGCAUUCGCACCUGUCUAGCAGCCCUAAACAAGGUCUUUGUGUCCGACGUGGAAACAUGUCUGAGUAUGGGGUUGGACUUGGACAUACCUGUAGGACUGCCCGUAGACUUAGGGCUAAACCUUUUGGGUGGACAAUGUUCGAAGGUCGCUACCAACUCUGACAGUGCAACAGGGUACAGCAUGGGCUUCUUAAGUCACCACACGGAAGUGAACGGAGGGAGAACCUUAAAUGGAGUUGCUUCUAUGAGAAAAGCUAAUAUAGAUAGUUUCGUAAAAUGGAUAAAAAGCCUAAAUGAGUUUCCGGAAAUGGUAUCCUUCUCCCUGCAGCCUCUAUAUCAACUGGUUGAUGACAAACAGACGAGCGCUGAUCUACAAACAGCUAUUAGUCAGUAUGUGAUCGACAGCGGGAUUAAGAGAAUAAAGACAGAGAAUCAAGCAUGCAGGCAUUCACCUGACCUCUCUGCUGAUUGCUGCCCCCUGUUGGCAGGGAGAGGCAAACUAACAGUCUUUGUGGACCGUGGGUUUAGUAUAAGGGGUGAUGGGAUGGCCGAACCAGAGGUUUACGUCAAACUGUGGUGUUCAGGUCAGCACAGGCAGACCCGCUGGAUCACUACCUAUGAUCCACUUUGGCAUACACAUUUCAACUUUAACUAUGUAAACACCCAGUCCUCUCUAGAGCUCCAGGUGUGGGAUAAGGACCCAGGGGAACGUGACGAUGACCUCCAGGGUGGGUGUUCUGUAAACCUGGAGCAGGGGAGCCACGUGCAUAGCUGUGGACUCAGUAAUGGGAGUUUCACAUUCUCUUACACAUUAACUUGUGACAAACACCUGACUGGUGAUAAAUGUGACCAAUAUUACCCCUCCCCAAACUAGAGGGGAAAUCAGUGAAAAAUCGCAGUUAAUCCAGAACUAUAAUGUUGUGUGAAUUGUUACGUACUCUGUCCACGAGAGAGUGAUAGUGACAGAUUACAGUAGGAUAAUAAUAUAUACAAUUUGACCUUUGAAACAUUUUACAUUUUUUCUUCAGUCUUUUAGAUCAUCGUAUUUUAUGUAUGUAACAAUCAGUGGUGUAAAAAGUAUUCAAUUCUCAUACUUGAGUAGUACUUUAAAAUUAUUUUUGCCUAAACUACUUUACAACACUGAUAACAAUGUAGGAGAACAGUCAUGAAAAAUUAUUCAUUGAAAUUAUUCAUGAAAAUGAAUGAAAGCACUUCUGUAAUGUAGCAUUUUAACCACUAGAGGGAAAUGUAGUCCUUAGUUAUCCUUUAGUUGUAUCAGAUGUUGCAGCAUGUUUCUCAUGUGAUGGGGAAUACGACCUACUUACUACAUAAUAAAUUCUUCUUCUUCUGA